GUAGGGUUUCGAGAAUGUCUAAAUAUCCUCUCCCGCCGCCCUCUCCUAUUGUUUUCUCGUGCUGCUUCACCAGUCCACCCUCCUCGUGUGUCCAGACAGCAACAUGGCUUCCCCCAACUCCAAACAGACGGCUAGUCCCGCCACGGUUGAGGCCAAGGCCCCGAGGCCUAAGAUGUCGUGGUACUCGCCCGACGACAGCCCCGAAGAGCGCCGCUUUAUCGCCAAGCUGGACUUGAUCCUGAUCCCCUACGUCUUCCUGGCCUACGCCAUCAAGGCCAUCGACGGCGCCAACCUCAACAACGCCUACGUCGCCGGCAUGAAGGAAGAUCUUGGCUUUUUCGGAAACCAACUCGUUCAGAUACAGACCUUUUAUACCAUUGGCGCCGUUGCCGGCAUGCUUCCUUUUAUUUACUUUUUUACAUCUCUUCCCAUGCAUUGGUCCAUUCCUUUUAUGGAUAUCAUGCGCGCUCUUUUUACUCUUUGCCAGUGCCGCGCCAACUCAUUCGCUGAGCUUGCUGCCUACCGAUUUCUGGUUGGCUUUUUUGAGUCCCCUUUUUACCCCGCCAUGAGCUUUAUUCUCGGCUCAUGGUAUCGUGGAAACGAAAUGGCCCGUCGUGGCGGCAUCUCCUCCACGGGCGUAAACAUCGGCAACCUGGCGGCCGGCCUCAUCGCAUCUAGCGCGUCCAAGUACCUCGAAGGCCACCUGGAUAUCACCGGCUGGCGUUGGAACUACAUCAUCUGCGGCCUCAUGACAUUCCCCGUCGCCGUCAUGGGCUUCUUUCUGCUCCCGGGCACUGCCGCGAAGCCCAACCUUUGGAUCCUCAGUGCAGAGGAGGUUAAAAUCGGACAGGAACGUCUCGAGCGCGACGGCCACCGCAUCCAAGGAACAUUCCACAUGGCCAGCCUGCCCAAGAUCCUCGGCAACUUUCGCUUUUGGAUCGUCGUUUUCGUCAACGUCCUUUUCUGGAACGCCGGCAUCCACAAGGGCACGGGCGGCUACCUGCUCUGGAUCAAGAGCCUGGGCAGGUUCGACGCCGCCCAGAUCAACCAGCUGGGCUCCAUGGCGCCGGCGCUGGGCAUCCUGUACACGCUGGCGGCCAGCUUCGCGUCGGACCUGUUCCUGGGCCCCACGUGGACCAUCACCAUAACGGCGGCCCUCAACGCCUCGGGCCUCGUCAUCCUCACCAUCUGGUUCGUGCCCGAGGGCGCGCUGUGGUACGCCUUCUCGACCAUGUUCUGGUCCAGCGCCAUCGCGGGCGUGCUGUCGGGCUGGAUCAACGCGCUGCUGCGGGACUCGCCCGAGGAGCGCUCCUUCACCCUCAUCAUGGUCACCAUCAUCGCCCAGCUCACCACCGCCGGCACGCCCCUGCUGACCUUCCAGACGGUCGAGGGCCCGCGCUACCCAAAGGGCUACGCCUUUGUGCUCGCCUGCGCCCUCACCCUGAUCGCGUCGGUCCACGUGCUCAACAUCUACCUCAAGCGCGAGGACGCGCAGAGGGCGGCCGUCCCGACCGACGAGGAGAAGAUGAUCCAGGCGAGGAUCGAUGCGAUCGAGCGGCCCGACACGGCCAACUCGCUGGCCAAGCCGGCCGCGAUGCACCUGGAGAAGGAGAAGCGUGGAGGUGACGGGAAGAUGGUCCCGAGAAUUGUGACGUCGGACCUGCGCAGCAGCAGGAGCUCCUCGUGGCGGAACUCGUGGAACUCCGACUUCCUCACCCUGCCCCAUAUCAAGCCGGUCGACCCGUUCUCCCCGAUAUGA